UGAAAUAGCAAUUAGUAACUAAGAGACUCUUGGCUUGUUUUGCCUUAUCCUGGCGGGAGAGAAGAGGAAACAAGAGAAUGCAAGCAUCAUUCUAUCCUUCAACCUGGAAUUUCUACUCCAUUUCUUCCAUUUAUCAAAGAAAUGUUAAACAGUAUAAUAGAACAUUUACAAGGAGGAAGAUUCAGUACAACAUAGGAGUAGUAUCAUCAUCAAUGGGAAGUUCUGAAAAUGGAAGAAAUGGCGAUAGAAAUGGUAAUGAAAGGCUUUACUUAGGGAUGGAUUUUGGUACUUCAGGGGCUAGAUAUGCUCUUAUUGAUAAGCAAGGCCAAAUUCAUGCUGAGGGAAAAAGAGAAUACCCUCUUUAUAUGAGUGGAGAAUCCGUUGACUGGACACGAUCAUGGAAAGAAACACUUUUCUCAUUGCUUGAAGAUUUUCCCGUCUAUCUUCGACCUCUUGUUGCUUCCAUUUCCAUAGAUGGCACCUCUGCUACAACUAUGAUUGUUGACAGUACAGGGGAGCCAUUAUGUAGACCUCUUUUGUAUAACGAAAGCUGCCCAGAUGCUCUACCUGUUGUUAAAUCCAUAGCUCCGACAAACCACACUGUGUGUACUGGCUCCUCAACAUUGUGCAAGCUGGUUUCAUGGUGGAAUUCCGAGAACUCAAAAAAGGAUUCAGCCGUGUUAUUGCAUCAAGCAGAUUGGCUACUUUGGCUGCUCCAUGGUAAGUUAGGCAUCUCGGACUACAACAAUGCUUUGAAGGUUGGUUUUGAUCCCGAGAUGGACGCCUAUCCACCUUGGCUUCGGAAACAACCUUACUCUAGUAUGUUACCUUCUAUUGUAUCUCCAGGAUCUGUCAUAGCGAACGUGAAAGAAGAUGUCAGGAACAAAUUAGGUUUCUCAGAGGAUUGUGUUAUUUGUGCUGGAACAACUGAUAGCAUUGCUGCAUUUCUUGCAGCUCGUGCCACUGAACCAGGAAAGGCGGUGACAUCCUUGGGUUCUACUCUUGCAAUAAAAUUGCUAAGCAAAAGCAGGGUUGAAGAUGCACGCUUUGGAGUAUACAGUCAUCGGCUUGACGAUAAGUGGCUUGUUGGGGGCGCUUCGAACACAGGAGGGGUUGUCCUACGACAACUCUUCACUGACGAGCAGUUGGAGAAAUUAAGCGAGCAUAUUAAUCCUGCUGUUCCUUCUUCACUCGAUUACUAUCCUUUACCAGCCGUUGGGGAGAGAUUUCCUGUUGCUGAUCCCAACAUGAAGCCCAGAUUACACCCUCGUCCUGAUAAUGAUUCAGAGUACUUACACGGUAUCCUUGAAUCCAUUGCACGAAUCGAGGCGAAAGGUUAUAGCCUUCUGAAAGAACUCGGGGCAACUGAAGUAGACGAAGUUUUCACAGCCGGUGGUGGUGCAAAGAAUGAAAAAUGGACUAAAAUUCGUGAGAGAGUACUCGGUUUGUCAGUCAGUCGCGCUGCUCAAACAGAAGCUGCAUAUGGUGCUGCUCUAUUGGCAUUGAAGGGUGCUACAUAAAUAAGAACUUCUACAUUAUUAUGCUUAAUUAGCUGCACUACUCCUGUUCCUGUUAAAGUCCAACUUCAAUAUGUAAAACAAGAAAUAAAAGUCCACUUUAUAUUUCUAAUUAGGCUAAAGCAAAUGAAUCCAUGAUGUUGACUAUCUAACUAAUUCAACAAAGUUUAUUUUCUA